AUGCCAGUCUACAUGCUGUACGGCUUUAAGUGGCCGCGCGCUGGCUUCACGGGUAUCCGAGUCUACAUUGUUCUGCACAACCUGGAGGAUGCAACAGCAGAGUACCUCCAGACACCGAUCACUACCCAGCUGCUCCUCGGGUCGUUCGCGAAGACCGAACCGGGCAUCGUAUCCCGUCUACCCGACCUCCGAUUUAUCGAACAGUAUGAUCCCGACGAUACCAGCGAUGAGGCUGUCAGCAAGCCAUAUGCCUAUGUUGCGGGUAAAGUGAUCACGAUGCCAGAGUCGGGGGCACUUAGCUUGGAUGCCGAGGAGCUAGUUAAGGAGUCAGGGCUAGAAGAUGAUGCCAUGGCCGCAUUGACAGAGAUGCGAGAUAAAUAUGCCGCCGGUGAGAAAAUUGGCUGGUACAUUGUGUAUAACGGGGAUCCAGAGAGAUGGUUCCCCCAAAUUGAAGAAGACGACGAUGAAAGUAUGAUGUACGAAGAUGAAGAUGGGGAUGCUAGUGAUUAUGGUAGCGCAUCACAACCCCCAUCAACUCCUACAGCAUUUUUCCCCCAAAAGUUGACACAGUUUUUCGGCACUAAGAAGAUCACUUGA